AUGACGUUUAACUAUGAUGCCGGCUACGGCGAGAAGGAUGUCCUUUCUUUGUUUGAUGCCAUCGCUCCAAAUUUGCGGAAGUCAGCAGGUGAUGUGGCGGGGCUCGAAGCGAGCCGACUUUACGAGACGCUGAAGCGUGUGUAUGAGGAGUGGAAAGCUUUGGAAGAUUUCGAGGUCCUGGACCGAAAUUUUCAAGCACUGCUGGCUACUGCAGCAGCAACAUCAUGGUUCACAAAGGAACAACUUGAUGACAUCGACACGUGGCUGGGAGAAGUGGCCGACUGCGGCGAAUCAGAGGAUUGGAUGCAGCACUUCCCGGAGGAAGAGUUGCGGGAGGUGGUCCUCGAGAAGCUUAGGGCCAGAGAAGCCCAGGUGGUCUUUGACACCGUUGCGAAAGCGAUCUCUGUGGAGUACGAGGGUGGCAACUUCGGCACGGGCCGUCAUGACGGCUCGAUCCAGCUAAACGACGAAGGCCUGUCGAUCCGAGACUCGCGGGAGCCCGGCAAGUCCAUGGUCUUCCUGGGCGACCUUCCGGAGGAUCCUGCGCAGCUGGGCAAAGCCUUGGGCAGCAGGAACUGGGACGAGCACUGGGACGAGGACCUGGCAAAGGGGGUGCCGACUUCCAAUCUGAGUGACAUGGCGCGGCUGCAAUAUGGAAGCAAGCCCCACGUUUUCGUGUUUGUAGCAGGUCCCCGCGUGCGUCACCUGGGAGCGCAGGAGAUCUGGGUUAUGAACACGGCUUACUGCCUCUAUGCGUCGGAUGCGCCACUCGUGAGUUUAGAGGCGACGCACUGGGGUCGUUUGGAUGAGAUGGCCAAGUGCUUGGCCGUAGCGUCAGCUGACGCGGUCGUGCGCCUUUUCUGGGCCGACGCGGUGAUUUCAGUCGAAGGCGAUGAUCUGUCGACUUGGAUGAGGUUUGUCGGAAAGAGGGCGCCGACUGAGCAACAGACCUGCCAGUUUCUGUGGCCAAACAUAGUCGCAGCUGGCAAAGGACGUCCAGCUUGCAGAACCGCGAAGGAGGCCAUGGAAAGUUGGACAGCCCAUGGACAUGAUGAGCCCACGCCGGGCAUCGAUGUUCGGAAGCCGAAGAUUUCCGAGGAACUGCUGAAGCAAGAUCUCGAGAACUCUUGUUUCGAGUGGCCCAGGCAGCCAACAGCAGAAAGCGCGCAGAACUUCCUGAAAAAGUUGCAGAAGACCUGGCGCACAGACACUGGCGGCACCAGCAGGCCAACAGUUGUGGGAAUGUUGCUGGACAUCGACGGCGUCAUGCUGAAACCCUACUGUGCCUCCCCGCUCUCGCGGCCAACAAGAGAUGUUGGCGAACCGAAGGUCUGCGUGACGGUUCUCGGCGGGCCGAAGGGUAUAUCACCGAGCUUCAAGGAGUGUCUGCAGGAGAUAUUUUGCGCGCUGGCGAUCCCUCUGCUCGAGGUGCGACUGGGACCCCAUGAAGAGAUGGCCCAUGCAUGUCUGGCGCACCUCCGGCUGCAGGAUGACGCGGGCCUGCUCAAGGCUGCCGUCACCGACUUACUCCGUCUUGGGAUGCCGCCUCAGAUGGAGACGACCUUGCUGCAGGUAUCUGUGUUGUUUGCACGUUCGAGCGCUUGUUUGCCUGCACGUGUGCACGAUUGCUUGUUUGCUUGUUUGUUUGCACGUGUGCUCGUUUGUUGUUUGGUUGGUUGGUUGCUUGUUUUUGUUCUGACUUUGUUGUUUACUUGA